AUGCAAGAGGCCAGCGACUGUUGCAGUGUCCCAUCUCACUCGUGCGUGUCUUUGGCAAAGGGCAUAGGUUUGGUUGGAGGGGAGAUGCACGAACCAGCAGCGAUGGAUAUUGAUGCCAUGAUACAAGCAUCCAAGGACAGGAUUGAAUCAGCUCAGCGGCGGUUGGCCGACUUGCAGAGAGAGAAGACUAUCGAACUACCUGAAACCCACCCUGAAGGUGCUCCGUACGUUGCCCGUGCUGAUGGUGGAUUUGUUGCUGGGAACGCUGUGACGCUCAGGCGGUAUGUGACUCCCAAGAAAGAUGGGACGUUGAAAUGCUCAAAGGACUGCUUUGACCUCUACCAGCAACCGGGUGGAAGUGCAAAACUGAAGGCAUUGCUGACACGCCACGGACAGCUUGGCAUAGUGGAAGCCUCCGUCAAACGCUGGAUCGAACGCAAAGCACGCUUUGAUAAAAAGGGUGGCUGGUACACCAAGAUUUGGCUUGCUACUGAACGUCACUGGACGAAGCCCAUGAUCCAGACUGCUUGGGAAUGGGCAGAGAAACGUGGAAAGAAAAGAAAGAAUCCGGUCCAUGGGGAGGAAGAGAUCUGUUUUGUGCUUGAUGAUGAGUUUUUGUUGAGAGAAGAAAGAGGGCAAUCGUUGUCUGCAAGCGGCAGCUUUGAGAUGGAGGAUCCUGACGCUGACUUGUUGGAUGGCGUUGUUGUGCCAGAAGCUUCCGUCCAUGCUAAUGACGCUGCUAAUUUUGCUGCUGACCAAAUGUGUGGACAUGAAGACGGGGACAAGAAUGAAGCAGCACGCGCUGGCUCGUCUUCUUUCAAGUUGCACUUCCCGAGUUUGAAGCAGAACGUCUCGCAGCUCUCCCUGCUCCCGACCUUUGUGGACGUUUGCAGCAAAAAGCUAGACAACAGUGACAAGGUCUUGGAACAGCUUCAGGAUGUGGGGACAGCGAAGGCAAUUGAGCUGAUUGGGCAAAUGAAGACCGUGCUUGCAGAGCUGAAGAAAACCCACCAGCGCAUGAUCGAGAUUCAAGCGGACUCGUUGGUGAAUGUGGAUAGGGACUUCGAAAAGGAGUUGCAACCUCUUCUGACAACUUGCACAAAGUUGGAUGUGACAUUGAACAACUAUGUUGUACGUGCCAGGAGCAUCAAGAAGCCCAAGGCCAAGGCCUCUGACUCCGGCAGGGCGAAAUCCAAGGCCCAGCCUAAGAAAAAGGCGAAGGCCAAAAAGCAACCCCGAAAACGGGCUGCGCCGGCAGGUGAGGAAUAG